UACAGAAUGUAUGAAGAGGAUGGCCCAGGUUAUAACUUGAUUCACGAAGAAUUCACUCCUGCCCGUCCGACUUCUCUUCCAAUCAGUUCUUCAACUGAUUUGAUUCUAGAUGAUCAGAGAAAAAGAUUACGAAACUGCAGAAAGACAUUGGAUGCAACUGAAAAGGAGUCUAAGAUAAUGGACCUGGAAAUAGCAAAGCUGCAACUGAAAAUUCAGGAGUGUCUCGACAAAACUGCUUCUAACGACCGUCUAGAACAUGAACUGAAUGCGAUGAUAGAGAAUCAGUUGAAAGAAAAAGACAACCAGAAGAAGCUGAUCAAUGAAAUGAGUUUCGAGAGACAAAAAUCAGGCGAGAGUCGACCGUUCUACAACUGCUAUGACUUUGUAUUUAGUGGAGAAGCACCACUAGACACAGUGACUAUUGCCAGUCUGGAGGAGGAGUGGGCGUGUCCGGUAUGUAGCGCGCCAAACAACAUGGUCUGGAGAACCUGCGGGGAAUGUGGCCACACCCCCAGUGAUAUCAACAACUGUGUCAUUCUCAGGAGCUAGUGAUAUCAACAACUGUGUCAUUCUCAGGAGCUAGUGGUAUCAACAACUGUGUCAUUCUCAGGAGCUAGUGGUAUCAACAACUGUGUCAUUCUCAGGAGCUAGUGGUAUCAACAACUGUGUUAUUCUCAGGAGCUAGUGGUAUCAACAACUGUGUUAUUCUCAGGAGCUAGUGGUAUCAACAACUGUGUCAUUCUCAGGAGCUAGUGGUAUCAACAACUGUGUCAUUCUCAGGAGCUAGUGGUAUCAACAACUGUGUCAUUCUCAGGAGCUAGUGGUAUCAACAACUG